CAAAUCUAUACAAAAUUUGAUUUUUCUGUUUUGAUUUUAGAAUAUAAUUGUCAUAAGCCUAUGGGAUUAGAAGAUGGAAGAAUACCUGAUAGCAGUUUGAGUGCAUCCUCCGAGUACAACAGGUAAACAGUACAUAUAGUGAUUUUUCAUUCGUAGAUCCUGCAUAUAUAUUUUGAUAGUAAGGCUAUAUAGGUUCCAUGCAUGCAGACCUGGAAAACAGUGUGGUCUCGGCAUCCUGCAUGAAACCUGAGGAACAUUCACCAAGAAGAUUGAGGAACAUUUUCAAUUUUUCAGACAUACAUUAUGGGAGAAUCUUAAGGAAUCAUAUCAUGCUUCCUUACGUGUCAUUCGAGAUUUGUAAAAUGUUCACUGUUCAAAUUUGGCAUAAUGUACGGACAAAUUUUCUGUUGUUUAAUAUAAGGGAACUUUAGUUAUCUCGGUUAUAUACCAAUUACAACGAUUAUCCAGUAAUAUAGUACUACUCCACCUUCCACCACCAAAGGCCUCAGAGAGGAUGAACUUCGGAUCUAGCUUGCGAGUUUGACAUAUCUUGAGUUUUGAACUGUAUACUAUAGAGUUGUUCCCGCAAAUUAUAAUAUAAAAAACACUUAAUAUACAAACGUUCAACUUUCCAUUAAGCUGGCAUGGAGCUAAAAAUGCGAGAUUAAAUAACAACAGAGGUGCCACUGUUUGGAUGGCUGCAAAACAUGUUGCUGGUGAAUAUAUUCAGGUAGGUACCUGUAUGUCUUAAUGAUAGAUUUAUAAUUAGAUUUGUAAUUUAUAUAUAAUAGUAAUAAUUAUAGUAUUCUAUGUAGCCAUCGCUUUUUCCACGGUGCACCACAGUCACAAACAUCAGCGAGUUUAAGCUUUGCGUCUACACGUCAAACGACAAACAGCAGGCAAAUAAAAUUUAUACUAUAAGGCUUGGGCAAUAAAUAGUAUGAACUUGUUAUUGUAAAACUGCAAUGUAUCAAACAAAGAAGUUGAAUAAAUAUUCUGCCACGAAAAUUUGGCUGCAAACGUGACGUUUAAUCGCUAAUUAACCUCGUCGUCCCGGAUCAACAUUUUCAUCCACGCAUACAGCUGCACAAGUACGUAAAGCCCCAUUUACAUAAGCAAAUUUUAUUUGACAAAUUUCAUAUGUCAAAGACAUUUUGCUCGUGUGGAUGAAUUGCUCGUGUAAACGGGGCUUAACUUUUAUUAACACCUUCAUCAUAUAUGGUGUCAAAGAACCAGGUAUGUCAUUUUAUGUCCACCCCCUAUAUAUUAUGUAGUUGUUUACAAAUUAUGCAGUAAGACAAUUCAUUGACAAAUGUUCUUUAUACUACGUCACACAUUAGAAGUUUAGAUGCAUUUAGGGAGUUUUUCAACAUUCAAGAUGGCGGUUUUAGGACCAAAAAUGCACAAAAAAUUUAAUAUCCACAAUUUACUAAGAAAAUGGUCCAAAUGUGAAAUUAUAUAAAACCCCAAUAUAUAGCUCAUCUAAUUAUAAUUUUAUGUGCGCAUAUUCAGUUUCAGGGCACUGAAUUUCUAGAAUGCAGUUCUCUAAGUAUUUGUCGUGCGCAUGGUAACAAAAGUGGACUUCCACAAUUACUGUAUACGUAUAGCAGUACAAUGGUGUGGCUAUGUUUUAAUCUUUCAGUAUAAACCAUUUCAAUGCAUACAGUUUGAUGCAAAUGCUGUUUUCUUUGAGCUAGUUGGGUCUAUGAACCAACAGUAACAAAAAUGUUAUUCCUAAUACUUGAAUCUGUGGAAAAGUUCCAUCACAUGCGCAUGUAAAAAUCUACAAGAAUUAUCGACUGGCUCGAAACAGCUAUCUUUAAAUUAGAGUAGAAAAUCCACAUGCAAGUACGUACACAACAUAACUUUUAUACUAACAUCUACUUUACUUAUAUAUGGUGACAAAGAACAAGGUAUGCCAUUUUAUAUUGGGGGGGGGGGACGUUUUUGUCUACUUCCUGUAUAUUAGUGUGCGGCCCAACCUCGUACCCAGGCUCUUCUACGUGGCCCUGUAAACAAGUUAUUUAGAUUUAUUUUGACGUGUCAAAAAAUUGAGCUGAGGUUUAAUUGGCUUUGCUUUGAUUAUGAAUCAAAGUCAUACAUAUGAAACAACUGAUCCGAACAAUGGAAAACAUCUCAAAGACCCAAGGCUUUAGUCUUUAAAAUAAGACGUAAAUCUGAAAUAGUAUAAUUUUUAAAAUUUAGGUCUUCUUUUAGUCCAUAUCUUGGGUUUUCAAGCUGUUUUGAUUUUUCGGAUUUUGUUUUAUAUUUCAUUCAUAUAACCUUGAUAUAUAGCGUGUAUUUGUUGGCGUGUACCAUGAGAUACUAUAAGACUUUGUGAUUAUGAGAACAUCUCAUCGUUUCAGAUUUGAUUUUGUACAAGUGUUCUCUAUAUUCAGGUUGAUCUUGGCGAAAAGUUUGUUCUUACUGGAGUUGCCACUCAAGGAAGAAAUAAAACCGAUUAUCCGCAAUACAUCUCGAAAUAUUAUGUCGGGUAUAGUUCUGAUGGCAAGAACUUCCACAACGUAACCGAUAACAGUGGAAAGCUUGUGGUUAGUAUAUAUAUAUAUAUAUAUAUAUAUAUAUAUAUAUAUAUAUUAUAUGGGUUCGAGACCCAGCCGCGGCAGACAACAUCUUUAUGCUUGCGCUGGGUAUGGAAAUUAUAUAAUAGACACUCUAGAACAUUUUCAUCUUAAUAUAUAUAUAUAUAUAUAUAUAUAUAUAUAUAUAUAUAUAUAUAUAUAUAUAUAUAUAUAUAUAUAUAUAUAUAUAUAUAUAUAUAUAUAUAUAUAUAUAUAUAUAUAUAUAUAUAUAUAUAUAUAUAUAUAUAUAUAUGGUAAUCCUAUUUUAAUUAAUAAUAAGCUAGUACCUAGAAUUAAUAAGUAUUCAUGCCUUGGCGUGAAUAUGGACGAAAGGUUGUACUGGUGCAAUGAGACGCGUUAAUUAAACCUUUUGUACCACGGUCGACAACCAAAAUGCUAUAUAAUGCUAUUAUACAGCUUUAUUUCGAUUAUUGCAGCCCCUCAUGGGAUGAUUGCGGAAUUGGGUUCAAGGAUAGGUUGCAAAAGUACCAAAAUCGUGCUGCAAGAAUAGUCUGGGGCAAUGUAUGCCUACGAUAUUCGGUCAUCUGAGUUACUCGAUAAUUUAAAUUGGAAACCUCUCGAAGAAAGACGAAAUUAUCUUAAAUCUAUAUUUUCAUCUAUAAAAUUCUGAAUGGCCACACCGCACCCAGUCUUAAAGAAGCAUUUCAAUUUAAUAAUGAAAGACAUAAUACUCAGUUAUAAUGGUGCUGUAUAGUCGUAUUGUCGUAUUUUACAAGAAAACGUUUCAAAUUUCAGGAACAAAUCACAAGAGAAUAUUUCAAUUAGGCGACAGUGGCAGACACUCGGCAAGAUAUUUGGCAAUAAUGGCUUAUUAUUCAAUAAUGGCUUAUUGGGGUUUUGGAGAAAUUAGGUUGCCAUCAUCCUUUUUGUGCUACAGAUCUCGGUUCUUUAAACUUUUUGCCAUUUAGUAUACAAAUUUGCUUAAUUUAUAGCCUACCAAUGCUUUCCUUGUUACUAGGGACGGGAGGAAAGAUCCCCUCCCCCCACCCGUCUAAUGCUACAUAACAUACAUGUACGUACAGGAUUAUGUAAAAUAGACCUAUUCUUUUCUAUUCUAAUUAGAUGUUUCGAGGAUACAAUCACGCAAGUGCCAAUAAUCUGCCAGCGAUUAACGCUCGAUAUUUCAGACUGUACACUCACGAAUGGGUACGAAAAGUAUGCACACAAUUGGAACUUUAUGGGUGUCAAGGUACCUACAUUUAUAUAUAUAUAUAUAUAUAUAUAUAUAUAUAUAUAUAUAUAUAUAUAUAUAUAUAUAUAUAUAUAUAUAUAUAUAUAUAUAUAUAUAUAUAUAUAUAAUAUGUAAUAUACAUCACCUUAGCUAUGAAGCCUCAAUUUCGUGAUGGAGAAGUCGUUACUAUAGUGGCUAAAUCAAACGACCAUAUUUAAGUCAACAUUGUCAAGAUAAAAUAGUCUAAAGCCAAAAUUAAAACUUUCCGGAAUUCGGAAGGGCAAGGGGCAUAUUUAUUUCAGGCAUGUUCAAGGGCGGUUGCGUAUUGCCUUAACAGAGAUGAACUUAUUGGUCGAGCCAAAAGCUGUUCUACACUGUCAGGCAUAAUAUGAUGAAUAUCUUAUUCAAACAGUAUAAGAUCAUAAUUCAAAUUACAUGGUUUAUUGUGAUUACUAUGAUUUAGCAUUAUUGUGAAAAAAUAGAAGCCCAAUUGAAGGAGCGAGGGCUUAUUAUAUAGGGGGAGGAUGACCUAAUAGAGGAUUUAAGGUAAAUACGUACACCAAAAGAACUAACAGGGCAAGCCCCAUGUGAGGUCCCACCCACGUGAACUCCUGUGUGCUAUGCUAAAAGAUAGAUAAACCCUUGGAUGUCCUUCGAUUUCAGUGAGGAAUUGCUUAACCGAAAACGGGGGUUGCUCAGAGAAGUGCAUACAAGUUAAUGAAGGCGUGGUGAUGUGUGGUUGUAACAAACCUGGAUACAAGUUAGUUCAUGGAGUAUGUCAAGGUAAUAAAUAACACAUGGCUGUAUGACAAUAAUACUAGGCUCAAAUUACAGCCGUUUUAGGUCCCUCGGUCCCCCUUUAACGCAAGGGGGGAGGGGGUGACUUGAAUCGCUAAAACCAGAACUUCAACGGCUGGAAUCUGAUCCUAGAUAAUUUCUGUCUUCCAAUUUAUCAUGUACAUUUCAGUAAACGUGACGGGGACCAGAUGAAUUUCACAAAUUUUCACUCUUCGAGUAGCAUUCAAAAUAAACUAAAUCUUAUUUAUCUUCAACAAAAUUAUCAAAUGCAUGACUUCUCCAUAUGAUGUAAAGAAUGAACAGCAUUUUAACUUUUCGAUGUUUGCCGCUUAACCACCUUCAGCUACACCUGAUUGUGCUUAGUGAACACAACCAGGAAUGGUUUUCACCUUCUCACUAUGUUCCAUUAGGUUGAAGGAGUUUUAGUUGCACACCAUUCAGGAAACUAACAGUGUUUGAUGGAACAGUGGUACAUGUGCCUUUCGUCUCUUGCAAAUUCAACUAAAUCUUCUCCAUAUUACAUAAAGAAUGAACAGCAUUUUACCUGUCGUCAUUAUUGCCCAUGUGUUGUCAUUCACCUGUGCGAACGAAGUUCGGUUUCUUCAGCAUACGGAUCUAAGUACAUGCAGUGAUAAAGCUUGAUAACCACUGCAGAUUUGUGCAGUGAUAAAGUGAAAGCGUGCAGUGAUAAACACUAAAAAUGUGCAGUGAGGGCCCUGCACUGAAGUCCCAACUCGGAAUUUGCAUGGAGUUCACCCUGAUUUAUUUCAUAUUUAAUUCCAUAUUCAGGUUAUAUUCAGUAAAAUGUUCCUGGGGGUACCAGUAGUCUUCGGAUUUGUAUAGACCCACUAUAUUGCUUAUGGAGUGUGCGGUGAUAAAAAUUUCAUAAAAUUAGAUAUGUUUAUUUUUCAGUGCGCAGAACAUAUACCAAUAGAAAUAGAAAUACAUACAUGCAGUAACCUCUCACCCUUUCGCAACAUAAAGAAAGCGAAGAAAAGCAUAAAGUUGUCCUUGUUAAUAAAACAUAACUUUAUUUUAUGCUUGAUAACUAUUAUUCCUUUGUUUUUCAGAUAUCGACGAGUGCACUGAAGACAGGCCAUGUGACCACAACUGUAAGAACACAAAUGGCAGUUAUGUAUGUAGUUGCAGGAACGGUUAUACUUUGGGGAGAGAUGGCAAGUCUUGCGACGGUAGGUGACUUUAAACACUCUCGUAUUUCGAUAUUUGGACGAUAACAAGACUGCUGCAGCGGAUUGAGCGAGAUACAACUAUAUACCUGAAAUAUAUCAUGUUUCACCAUUUAAUUCUGGCACACAACAAUGUUUAGUAACCCAGUAGCAAUAAUGCUUUCAAUAUGAAAUAAAUGGAUUAUACAUGGGAGGAUUAUGAUUACUUCAAAAGCACAAAUUAUACAUUAGGCCUACCAUAAAGCAAAUAUAACAAUUACUGGAAUGACUGGUCAUUGAAAUGACUAUCACUACAGGCGUUUUUCAAGGUUCAAUUUUAGAUAUCUUCGUCUCAAACUCCGUGCAUGCUUAUAAUUUCCGAUCGUAUACUUAUCGAACGCAUAUACACAAAUGAAUAUCAUGCUUAUCGAUUAUUUUGAAGGUAUGAGCAUGUAGUGUGGCUGAAAAAUUACACGAAAAUGUUCUGUUAAUUCAGACAAAAUCUGUUUCAGAUUUUCAGAAAUUGAUUGAACAUUCAUUUCCUUGAAUUUUCAUCAUGAAUCAUUAAUGCGUGCGAUAACUGCCUUGCAGCGUGUAUAACAUUAUAAUGUAUUUCAGAUAUCAAUGAAUGUCGUGGUAAUCACACUUGCGACCAGCUUUGUUACAAUACACCCGGUUCUUACAGAUGUAGGUGUAAGCCUGGAUACAAGUUUGGACCUGAUAGUUUAUCAAGAAAAUGUAUCGGUAAGUAUCUCGUUUCCUGCAGUCUUCUUUGUCUUCGUGACCAUUGCGGGGUCGACUUGGAGAGGAUUUUCCAUCACCAUAGAUCUCUGUUCAUAACAUCCAUGUACAUAUUGUUAUGAUCAUGAUCAUAAUCAUAAUCAUAAUCAAUCAUAAUCAUAAUAAUGGUUUAUUCACACUCACAGUAUAUCCAUUACAUAGAGAAUGGCUCUUCACCUGUAAAACUAUCUACAUUAUAUUAAAUAUACAAUAAUCUAUUAUCUUAACAAGAAUUACAAAAGUUAAAAAGAAUGUUAAUGCAAUUACAGUGCAAAUUGGAAUCAUUCACUGUUUUUAAAGUCUUUGAUACAGCAACAGAAAGUUCUAUAAUUGUUAAUAUUCCUGAUUUCUACAGGAAGCAUGUUAAAAAUGGAUGCUGCUGAGCCUUGACUCUGCUUGCCAAAAAUAAUGUAAUGUUUCAAAAUGUCUUCCCAAAUUCAUUGCAGAUAUUGACGAGUGCACUGCAGGUACAUCAGGAUGCGAACAUUUGUGCAACAACACGAUUGGAAGUUUCAAAUGCAGUUGUCGACAUGGCUAUAAACUUGGUCUGGACAGAAAAUCUUGUGCAGGUAUAGCUGCAUAUAUACGAAUUGAACAAAUGAUUUGUUGUUAUGGUGGUUGCUGUUGUUACAGCAGCAACAACAACAGCAGUAUCAAGAGGAACAACAACGAAAGAAAGAAAAACAACAACAGCAACAUCUACAACAACAGCAACAACAACAACAACUGCAGCAGCACCAAGAGGAACAACAACGAAAGAAAGAAAAACAACUACGACAGAAACAACUACAGUUUUUGCGAUUGUUUUUGUUGUUGUUUAUGUCAAUGUUGUUGAUUUUGUUAUGGUGGUUGUUAUUGUUAUUUUGUUGUUGUUGUAAAGUUGUUGCUGAUAUUGAUAUUGUUAUUUUGUUGCAGUUAUUAGAUAGAAUUCGUUUGACGUUAUUAUAUUUUUUGAAUAAAUUUCCAUUUCAUAUUUUUCUUACAGAUAUAAAUGAAUGUCAAUACCCGUACAGUCACAAAUGUGAACAAAUUUGUUUGAACAAAAAUGGUGGUUACACUUGCAAGUGUAGGCAAGGUUAUACACUAGCUCAAGAUGGCUAUGGCUGUGAUGGUAGGCAAUCUAUUUGAAAUUGACAUGCGGCUUACUUGCCGGCGUAAUAGACAACUUGCAUGUUAGACUAAUUUUUUUUAAGCAAAAAAAAGUAAAUUCCCGUAAAGAACUUAUUAAAAUUAGUAAAAUUGCAAAAUUUGAUUACGAAAUGUUGUAAAAUACGGAAAAUAUAGUCUUGUAUAUUUUGUAUAUGUUUGUAUUACGUGCGGAAAUUGUUACCAUUUUUGACCCGAAAAUGAUAACAAUUUCCGCACGUAAUACAAACAUAUACGGAAUUUACGAACUUUGCAAGACUAUAUUUUCCAAGCUUUACAACAUUUUACAACCAAAUUUUGCAAUUUUACUAAUUUCAUUAUGUUCUUUUUAGCUGUGGUAUUUGAUUCCCUUCUCUUUACUUAGAUUGAAAUUUAGUCUAACAUGCAAGUUGUCCAUUUCCUCUGGCUAAAUUACCCCCUGGGUAAUAAUAUUAGAGAGCUUAAGCAAGCGACAUGAAAAAUCUAAGCGAUGUGAAAGCAUUUUUUCAAAUAUUUAACUAUAAAUUAACUUAUAAUUAUUAUGCUCACAAUUUUUCUUAUAUACAAAUCCCUUAUUCACUGCGUUCAAUCUCGGAUUUGGAAAAGGCAGCACCCCAAAAAUGCAGGCGUGAGAAGGCUAAUAAAUUAAUAAAUUAAUCUGUUUCAGACAUAAACGAGUGUAAGAAAAACAAUGGACAUUGCAGUGAUAAUUGCACAAAUACUAUUGGAUCAUAUAUAUGUACUUGUCCUAAUGGGUUUAAACUGAAGCUUGAUGACAGAACAUGUGAAGGUAAUUUGGGUCGAUUUGCACAUUUUAACAUUUUAUUUCUACCCUUCCUUGAAAUCAUGAUCCCGAACCUUUCAUUGCAACGUCAUUUCCAUUAGACAAAAAUAAGCGGACGAAUGCGCAAUUAAUGAACACGUAUUAUAUAAUAACUACAGUGAUACACGCAAUUUGAUUGGUCAAUAGCCGUACAGGAUCAGGCUAUCCUGCACGAGGAAUUAAAAUGCCUUCACGGGAUUUUCGCAGGAUUCUCAAAAUGUCAUUGUUUCACACGUCAUCAUUUCUUAAGUAUUUUAAUUUAUUCAGAUUCACGUUAUUUCAGAUUCACGUUGAGCUUACUUGAUGUUUUUGAAUCGCUGCCGUUUGUUUAUCUACAGUUUUAGCUUGUUUGUUUAUCUACAGCUUUUUUUUAGUUUAAUUUUAGCUACUGUGAUGCCGUUUGUUUAUCUACAGAGUACAGUUUAUAUUUGUGGCUACUUCGUUGCUCUACAGUUUUAUUUCUACCUACUUCGUUGCCGUAUGUUUAUCUACAGUUCCUUUAACACCAUCCUUGGUUUUCCCUAGGGAUGUAUUGAUAUUAUGGCAUGAGUGAGUGCAGCGAUAAUAGUAAUAUUAUGGCAUGAGUGAGUGCAGCGAACGAGGAACAUUAUAUCGUCCCUCAAGCAACAUGACCAUUAAGACUAUAGUCAUGAACAUUAAGACUAUAGACAUGACUAUAGUCAUGACUAUUAAGACUAUAGUCACGACUAUUAAGACUAUAGUCACGACUAUUAUAACUAUAGUCAUAACUAUUAAGACUAUAGUCACGACUAUUAAGACUAUAGUCACGACUAUUAAGACUAUAGUCAUGACUAUUAAGACUAUAUUCAUGACUAUUAAGACUAUAUAUAGUCUUGACUAUUAAGACUAUAGUCAUGACUAUUCAGACUAUAGUCAUGACUAUUCAGGCUAUAGUCAUGACUAUUCAGACUUUAGUAUAAACCUACUAGUAGGCUAUCACAUAUCGUGGCUUCUGAUUGGCUACGCUACUAGUAGGCUAUUAGUGAUAGCCUACUAAUAGAAAAUUCAAAAUGGCGGAAAAUUCGCAUUUUGCACUUUUGCCGAAGUGUCUGAUGAUUUUUUUGGACGACUUGUUGAACAAUCCUGUACUAAAAAAACGAAAAAGCAACAAAAAUAUAGAAUGGCAAUUUUUAAGGGUAAGAAAAUAGACAAAAUAACAUACACUCAAUGAAAUUUUUAAAUUAAAGCUGAAUUUUGUAAAACAUUUUACGCGAUAAUUUGUUUACCUUUAAUGGUUUUAUAAUGUUUUUUUGUGUAUAUUUGUAUUGUGUUUGCAGCUUAGUUGUAAAUUAAUGUUAAAGUUUAUACUAAAACAAUUAGACAACUCGGUCUCGUUGUCUAUGAGCAAAUAGUCAACUCGGCUUCGCCUCGUUGACUAUUCGCUCAUAGACAACUCGGCCUCGUUGUCUAAUUGUUAAAUAGUCAUGACUAUUCAGACUAUAGUCAUGACUAUUAAGACUAUAGUCAUGACUAUUAAGACUAUAGUCAUGACUAUUAAGACUAUAGUCAUGACUAAUAAGAUUAUAGUCAUAACUAUUAAGACUAUAGUCAUGACUAUGAACUAUCUAGAGUGAUAUGAACUAUCUAGAGUGAUAAUCUUAGGAUAUCACGCAGUAUCUUAGGAUAUCACGCAGUAUCUUAGGAUGUCACACAGUAUCUUAGGAUAUCAAUAUCUCGGAUGAUGAAAGCCGCCACAAUGAUGAAAGCUGCCACGAUGACGAAUCGGAUAGUGCAACGUCUCAAACAAGUGACGAUAUAUAUUAGAAGCAUAUCUUUGUAAACAUUUUGAAGAAAUAAAUGUGUUUUAAAUCUAAAUUCGUGCGCAAAUUUAUGCCCCCAAAGCCACGUGCCUGACUUUAAGGUAAAAAAUAAUUCCUAUCUAUCCAUGAUAAGCACUUAAUUAAGAGAUUAAAAUUUUGCUUGUAAUCGAUUAAUGACUAUUAAUGACUUUGCCGGUAUACGUAUUAGAGAGCCACAAACGACAAAAUUUCAAUAUAUCUUGUAUAUAAUCUGUAAUAACUCUCUGUUCGCUAGAAUUUUUCCUCUUUCAAGUUUGCUGGGUGAAAUAUCCACACGAAGUGGGCGGGUUAAUCACUUUUUAAUGGCUCUAUAAUAUGCAAAUAUCGAUGAUAACAACGGCGCUGACAACGAUUUUAACUUGGGCUUAGCAACUGCUUAGUUCUGAUUAAAAAAUUUCAUAUGUAUGUCUGGAUUUUUAUUAUUCCUAUAACACCAAGGAUGGUGUUAUAGGAACUGUAGAUAAGCAAACGGCAACGAAGUAGGCAGAAAUAAAACUGUAGAGUAACGAAGUAGCCACAAAUAUAAACUGUACUCUGUAGAUAAACAAACGGCAUCACAGUAGCUAAAAUUAAACUAAAAAAAAGCUGUAGAUAAACAAACAAGCUAAAACUGUAGAUAAACAAACGGCAACGGUUCACAAACAUCAAGUGAGCUCAAAUAAAUUAACGUGAAUCUGAAUAAAUUAAAAUACUUAAGAAAUGAUGACGUCAUGGGCGGUGCUAAGUGCACCGCCCGCACCGCCCGUCCCAGAACCCCCCUUCCCUAUACUACUGUUUUCCAAGCAGGAUAGCGUGAUCCAUGCACUUGGGAUGUUGCUCGACAUUCGGAAAGCGUAAAAAUACACUCGCUUGCGGCUCGAGUAUUUUUACGCUUUCCGAAAGUCUCGCGGCAUCCUUCGUGCAUGGAUCACGCAAUCCUGCACGGAAAACCAUUCGGUAUUCCUUUGUUAACAGAGGCGAAUUUUUCUGCCCCCUUGAGGAAAAUGAGGAAAACCAUAUAUUCUCAUGCAAUCUGUAAAUCUCGCUUGAUUUUAAAUGUGUUUGGUUUGUUCAGUAAUUAAAUUUAGAUUUGUGUUAGAUGAUGAUUUGAAAUCAUCAUAACGGUCCUCUAAAGUAUAUCCUUCAAAACACAGUAAAUGAACCUUUGAGACAUUUUCGAAAUUUCUCAGCGAGGCUAUAAGCAGGCUCCUUGACCUCAAUCGUGGAAGUCUAACCGUACAGUAAUUAAUGGUUUCAAAGAAUAAGAUAACUAGGAUGGUAAGGUGUUUUGACCCAUUUUGACAGGAAAACCUGCCCAUACCUCUGGAAUAGCAAGUCUUUUUCCUUGAAUAGUAAAUUUACAUGCAACAUUUUUUGAAAUUCAAUGCACCCAUGUUUAUCUUUUCUUAAGAUGUGAAUGAAUGUCAGCAGAAUAAUGGUGGUUGUUUACAUUUUUGUAAAAAUGAGGUUGGAAAAUACAGAUGUGAGUGCAGAGCUGGUUACAGACUCAUGAGCGAUGGUUAUAGCUGUAAAGGUAAGAUUAAAUAUUCUUUAUACUUGAAUCAUUUCGUUUAAGUGCAAAACUACUCUCUGUUCACAGUGCCUAUAAUUUGGGCACCAUAGGUACCCACCUUACUUAUAAGAUAAGGGAAGUUGCAUCAUGAUGGUGGUAAUCUUUAAAAGUACUUGUAAUUAGUGGUCAUAAAUUCACCAUAUGAGAAAUCAUUUCACUUUAAGCUUUUGUUUCCAAAGAAACAUACCCACUCCGCGAUAACUGUCGGCAAUGCGAAUAUGGAGGAUAUGCGCCAAUAUGUCAGUAAAGUCAGUUUUACAGUCUCUCUUGAUUUUACGGUCCAGGAAAGAUUUUCGAUUGAAAAAUUUUUAGUCCAGGAAAGAUUGCCUCUGAAUAACAAUUUUGAGUUUAGAUUAUUGUGAUGAAGAAAGGAAUGGAAUGCAUGAAACAGGGGUGGAAAAAGUAUCGGACCACGGGACCAUUGGUCCCAGAAAUUUUUUUGAGUUCCCAGAAAAUAUUUCCCCAAGAAAGAAAAAAUUGUAAUAAUUCAGAUAAAAGGAGAAAUUCAGAGGAAAAUUAACACCAUGAGUCCAUGACAUCAGAAAUGCAAUUAUAAGUGCAACCAUCUUAAUAGUGCAAUAGUGUAUACAUGUAACAGACUAUAGAAUGAUGUAACAAUUGUUGUAUGGCAAAUGCAUUUUUAGCCAAUCUGGGACACCUGAUUUCAAAAUUUUCUGGGAGAGCAUGGAUCCGCCUGAUAGUGCCCCCCUCCCCUAGUAGUGCUCUUUUUUGCAUCUGUAUUUACCUUAGGAUCAGACACUUGAUGCAUGUUAUCUAUAUUAGUUUUGUUAUAUUUUAAGAUUCUCAGUACACUGAAAUAUUUUUUUCUGUAAAAUAUACAUGUAGCAUGACAUCCAGUUUGACAACUUAUCAGGUGUCACACAGUUACAUUGGCCGAGUGUCGAUUUACUUGAUCAUUCGCAGAAAAUUUUUCAAUGUACCUUUUGCGGUCCCAGAAAGUAAAAUAUUUUUUCCACCCCUGGCAUGAAAGGAAUUGCACCAACGUAUAUAGAUUAGUGAUAUAGGCCCUGCCACACUAUUGCGAAUGAGAAAAACGUAUGCGUAUAGCGUAUAAACCAUAUACGUCCCGACUCCCCAUACGCACAAAAUGUUUAAGCAAAAAAUUCCUGCCUCGCCGUAUCCAUGCGUAUGCUACAGCCUACCACUCUCCUCCGCAGAGGCUUUGUAGAUCUUUGUACUUUGUUUUCUUUCUAUAUUGUAGUUUGUUUUCUUUCUGUAUAUGAAGUUUGACUAUAGAGUUUGCGGGCAGUAGCAGGCUAGGCAGAGAAGUGGGCACGCGGGCGGAGCGAGCGCGCGGGGUUAAAAGGGGGCAUCGUGGAAAUUUGGAGAUAAUAGGGAAUCACAAUACCAAGCUCGCGGGGUUCCCUGCCUAACCCGCUACUGCCCGCAAGUCAAACUUUAUAUUAUAGAAAGAAAACAAAAAAGCCUCUGCGGAGGAGAGUGACAGCCUACAGUAUGCUUCCGUUCUUGAAGCGCAUACAACCUAAUAUGCCUAACGUACCCCUAGCAUAUGCCAGCGUAUACCCGUGUAUGAUUGAUAUUUUCCAUACGCUAGAUACGCUAGUACGAUACGCAACAGUGUGACAGGGCCAUAUCUUAUGUACAAGGGCAACCAGGCAAUCUGCAUGAUCAGUUAAGCAAAACUUUUACAAGUGUAACAGGACAAAAAUCAUUCCAGUAUUACUUAACAAAACUGUGGAAUGAGUUACCCAAAAAACUCAAAUUAUGCGCAACUAUAUUAGUACCUUUAAAAUUAAUAAACGAAGACUUAUUAAUAAGUUUUUUAACAACAAAUAUAACUGUCUACAAUAAAGAUAGUGCUUAUUAUGACAGUGGACUUUGGUCUAUUUUAAAAACCCUUGUGUAUUUAUAGCUUCUAUAUAAUACUUGUGAUGUUACUCUGAGUGUAUAUCCACACCGGGCAAGCUUGAAAAAUAUGCCUGACCACGGUGGGAAUCGAACCUACGACCUAAUUUAGAAUACUAGCCCAAUGCUCUGCCAACUGAGCUACUCGGUCUGGUCGGUUCGAGUAUGUGAUAUUUCGGAACAGAAUCUAGUUCCUUCGAUAUCAAUGUAAUCUGAUAAUCAUGAUUGUUUUCUGUGUUGGUGUAAUGUACUCAGGUGAAUAUGAUGCUUGUGAUGUUACUCUGAGUGUAUAUCCACACCGGGCAAGCUUGAAAAAUAUGUCUGACCACGGUGGGAAUCGAACCUACGACCUAAUUUGGAAUACUAGCCCAAUGCUCUGCCAAAAAGCUUCUAUAUAGUUAGUUCGUUAUAGUUUUUUGUAACCAUUCAUCCUAAACAGCCCCAUUUUGUGUAUGGUUAUUCAUUUAUUCGUACGUUUUCGCGGAUAUCAAUUAUAACAGGAUGUGUACGUACGUGUCUGUUAAAAUCCAAUCUGUAAUAAUUAUAUAGAAAUUGAAGUAUUGUAUGAGUACAUGAGCGAUUGGAGAGGGUCAGAUUUUGACUUCCACUAUCGCUACAUGCAGCUACUAUUAAUCAAUCACAUGCGUUGAGCCGUUUAAUCUAUCCGAUUAACCAAUCAAAUACAUAUGAGCCAGUGAGAGGUGGCGCUAGUUGUAGUGGAAGUCAAAUCUGAAUCUCUCUAUUAUCAGCAAAUCACAAGUUAGGGUCGGUCAUGAGAUUUUGGGUAUACAGGAUCUAAUGGGUAUUAAAUUCGAGUAUACUGUAUAUUUACUUAAAUGUUAUGACUAAUUUUGGGUAUUAGGUAUGCAGCUUCUGGUUGUUUUAGGUAUUUUGUAACAUUUUGACCGUAUUAAUAGGUAUUUUGAUCCAUAUUUAUCAGGUAUUUAGGAUACCAUUACGCCUGACUGACCCCUACAAGUCAAUUGUGCUACUGGAUAUCAUCAUAUUAAACUAAACGCCUCCAAUGUACAAUAUAGGCUGAGUUGCAGGAUUUAUUCCAGAAGCAUAAUUUUGCAACGAGUUCUUCAACGCAAAAGCGGGUUCAGCUGUUCUUAGCUCUUCUUCAAACACGAAUUAUAGUUUUGCUUGCCUCAAUGUUGCCUCUAUAGCCAUUUCAUGAAGAUUUCUUCAUUGCAUGAAACAGGCUGUAGUGAGGCUGCAACUUUGGGGGAAGUGAAACUAAACUAUACUUAAAAUGAUCUAUCGAUGUGCAUGAGCACUUUAAACACGAACUUUUAUAUUGAAAAUCGAUAUUGGUUUGAAUAUUACUUCAAUUCCUUAUAGACAUUGAUGAAUGUGCUGAGAUAUCUCCCUGUGAUGCAAUUUCAAUGAAUUGUGUGAACACCGUGCCAAGCUACCGCUGUGAUUGUAAACCAGGUUUUGAACCAAUGUCUGGAAACUCAGCAGCAUGCCAACGU